CAACAUCGUAUGCUCUGUUCGCGUGUGCUUUCGACAGUGUUUCUAAUACCUUAUUUGGUGUACACAUAAACAAAACUGUGAUAUAGUUUCUUCUUCAAGUGUAUUCUGUGUGUGGCUGCUACUCAAAAGAGUGGCAACUAGCGUCAAUAUGGAUACACUGAACAACAAGGAAAAUAUAACCUCGAACGCCCAACAACAACAACAUGGAUCAAACUUGAAAUCUUAUGCUGGAGCUGCGACAAUGGACAUUUUCCCGUCAAAGGACCAAGCAAUUAUUAUAGAAGCCCACGAAGGACUUGCAAUAAAAGAUUAG